CCUCCUGUCACAUGAUCCUGAUGUCAGGAGUGUUGCAAGGCGAGUGAAAUCAACAACGCAGCCGGCCUGUACAGGGUUUUAAAGAAGUGGAAACUAAUAACUAGAAACAUUUGCUGGUUUUUAUCAACUGAACGGAUUCAUUAUCAUCUAGAAAAAUCUGCGCACUCGACUUUUUGUUUUCUCUUUUUGUUCCGACGCUAACGUUAGCAUCAGCUAGCACAACAUAGCCCGUCCUAGCUCGCUGCUGCUGCUGCUGCAGAGAUUUCACUGUGACAGGAGCUGAAACAGCUGGAAGAGAAACCCGUGAAACAUGACGCAGCUCGGCGGUGUUCAGUCCUGGUGCCUGGGAGUAACAUUACAGCUGGUUCUAGCUGCCGUCCUGCACCAGGGUUUUGCCACUGUCGCCCCUCCAACCACUGCUGCCCCGCACAAAGAGCCAGGCAGACCUGAAAAAGGGAACUACCAUGUCUACGGUACCAACAACACCGCCUGUUUGCUGGCUUCUAUGGGACUCCAGCUCAACAUCACCUUCAGCUCCGUCUCCCAGAACAAGACUCUGCAGGAGGUCGUGAACCUUCAGCCAAAUAUGACCAAGAGCUCUGGGUCAUGUACAGAAGAGAGGGCCAUCCUGAAGCUCACGACUGAUUCUGAUAAGACCAACCUGACUUUUUCCUUCACCCUGAAUACCACAACCAAUAAGUACCACCUGAGUGAAGUGUCUCUGGUUGCUGUUCGGCCAGACACAAAAGAACCCUUCUCGACCAGUAACAGCAGCCUGGACUACCUGCAGGGCACUCUGGGGUACUCGUACAUGUGCCACCAGGAGCAAACUCUGGAUGUUACCCAGGUUUUGUCCAUCAACACCUUCCAGCUGCAGGUGCAGCCCUUCGGACUCGAAGGGGAUCACUUUGGAGCAGCUGAGGAGUGCCAGCUGGAUGAAGACGACAUGCUGAUCCCCAUCAUAGUUGGCGCAGCUCUGGCAGGUCUCGUCCUCAUCGUGCUCCUGGCCUAUCUCAUUGGCAGGAAGAGGAGCCACGCCGGCUACCAGACCAUCUGAGGUCACUUUAAUAUUUGCAGAGGGAAGACCGCUAACCCCCCAACAACCACCACCCCAAAAAAUAACCCUGAGACUUAACACUCUGACCUGUUCCCCCCCCUCUUAUCUGUCCAUCCUGCAUCCCCCCCCCCCACCUCUGUGUGUGCUCUUCUUUGCCCUCAUCAGUAACACUAGUCACUAUCACUCUGCAGGUUGAUACACUCGAUCUGAACUCCACUAGUUAAGAAAAAGGGGACUUUGUUGGAGAUUCUUAUAGGAUGGUGAAAACUCUUUAAAGAUACAAAGUGAAGCAGGGUUUGAAUGUUGAUCAGAGGGUCCGUGCGAGUCCUCAAUUGUACUAUUUAUGAUUUCUGUGAAAGGAAUAUUGAGGGAUUAUAGGAUUUGAGGGAAAUGCCUCUGUAGCUUUUCUUAUUUCUUUUUUUUGACCUUUUUUAAUUGGUCCCACUCUGAUUAAGGUUUGUUACAUAAAGGGAAUAUUCCAGCCGGUUGAACCUAAUCCCCCCUCGAAGAGAAAACGUUUUUAUAAACAUCAGGUUGCCUCUGAAUUUAGCCCCAGGUACACAGGUUUUUAGGGAACAUACUGAAAAGGCAGUAACUCAAUCUGAACAGCGAACAAAUGCAAGAACUCUCCUUAGUGUUAAAGAUGAAUUUAGGGAUUUACUUCAUCCGUUGAGAGGGAUGAUUUCCUCAUUUUCCCUUUUAAAGGUACGCAACAAAUCUUGAAUGGAGGUUGUAAAUGCAUGGUAUUUUUUUUUUUUUUUUCACUUCAUUUAAUGAAAUAGGUCAACAUUUUUGGAAAAGGCUGAUUUGUUUUCCUUCAGAGAGUUAGAUAAGAAGAUAAAUACUACUCUAUUGUCGGCUGAAUGUGAAGCUACAGCCAGCAGGAGGAUGUUAGCAUAGCUUAGCUUAAACCAUGGAAACAAUUAGUGUGUACACAAACCUAGCAAAAGAACAAACUGAGGCGUACAGACAACACUUUGAUGUUUUACAAGUAGUCAUGGGCCUUACUAUAUCAAUGUGUUGUUUUUACACCUCGCUGUUUGCACAGAUUAAAAAAACAAGAUAUCAUUUUUAGCAUUUUUAGGUUUGGGUAGGUGGAUUUUCUUAUGUUUUGAUCGAGUCAGGCUUGCUGUCUCUGUUUCCAGAUGACAUGUUAGAGCAGGCCAUAACGAUUCUGGUUGUAUUUUCAUAUUCACCAUAAAGACCUGAGAGUGUUGCUUAUCUUCUCAUCCAACUUUUGUUGAGAAGGCAACUUCAUAAAAAUGUCUAAAUAUGUCUUUAGGUGGUGAUGGUAGCGUUACUCUACUGUUACAAUGUCCAAACACUACAAGGAAUCACUUAAAAAAAGAAAAAAUGACGAGGAGUGCCGGUACAGUUAAGGUGCUUGAAAAGCUCAGGACAUCACUGUUAAAGAGUGUAAUAAUGUUGAAGUGUUUUCAGUCCACUGGGUGGGUUUUUUUGUUGUUUUUUUUUUUUUGCUCUUUGAUUAUUUGCCCACUUGGGGGUUUUGAUUGCUGGAGCGAAAGAAGUUGCACUAAAGUCUUGAGACGCAGCCCCCAAGUAAUGGUUUAAAGAGGCCAAAAAAUGCUCUGGUCAGUGUUCAUCAGUGCCUUCCCAGCUCUGACAGAGGUUGGGAUUAAAGAAAAGCCAAUACCCACAAAAGGUACUCACUCGCUCACUGACACCAUGUUGCUGUCAUGUCGGGGACAUUUUUCUGUGUCUCACAAAGCCUUCAUGUACUGUUACUGUUACUACCAUGAACAUGUGUUGAUUGAUGUCGUAGGACAAAAUACCGAUGUUUUUUUGUUUUUAUGUUCCUCCCCUCAUCUAAAGAUCCAAGUAGAGAUUUAAUAAGGUUUUAAUGUGUUUUGUUUGAACUGUUUUCUAAAGGAGAGGUCAAUAAAAGAGAAUGAACGACA